GUCCAUUCCUGUUCCAGUCCUCCAGGAGUAAAGAUGGGCUGUAGACGCACAGACUGCCUCUCUCGGCCUCUGUCGAACCUUUUUGAAAAACUUGGCUCCACAGUUGGCUCCUAUCCGCUUUAUUUCUUCGUCAUUCCUGUCUUAAUCACAGCGUCUCUUAGUGGGGGGUUUGUUUUUCUCAAAGACAGAGAAGACAAUGAUCUUGAGCGCCAGUUUACCCCCAAGAAAGGGCCCUCAAAGGCAACGAGGGCUUUUGUCAGGGAGAACUUUCCGUACAAUACCUCCAUGUUUUCUGAGAACCGCUUGUACGACAAGGGGAACUUUGCAUCCCUCAUUGCUGUCUCAAAGAACAGCAACAAUAUUUUGGAAAGCCCCGCCUUUGAGGACAUCGUCAGACUAAACGAGAAGAUCCUGGACAUUUCUGUGGACAGAAAGGGGCUGGGAUUCAGCCAGGUGUGUGCCAUAGCCAAUGGAAAGUGCUUCUCAAACAUCAUCCUGGAACUCAUCGGUGGCAAUGAAACCGGCAUCACCUACCCAGAACACAAUCACCGGUCCGGUUUAGUCUUCCUGGGCUCUGCUCUUGGUGGAGUGGUAACAGAUGCUAACAGCACCAUCCAGAGGGCUCGAGCUGUGAAGCUCUACUACUAUUUAAACAGCCAAGAAACUGCAGCCGAGGCCUCGAAGUUAUGGCUGAGAGAAUUUAAAGCUCUGCUGUCGGACGAGAUGGACAGGAAAAACAUUGACGUCUCUUACUACACCUCUAAAUCCAAGCAGGAGGAGAUCGACAGCCACACCGUAGAUGGAUUCCCUUUAUUCCUCAUCACUUACGCCUGCGCUAUAAGCUUGUCUGUGAUAUCCUGCCUGAGAUCGGACCAUGUCAGGAACAAAAUGUGGGUGGCUGUUUUCGGCGUUUUAACCUCUGGGCUGGCAGUCGUCUCCUCUUUCGGCUUGCUGCUUUACAUCGGAGUGCCGUUUGUCAUAACUGUGGCCAACUCUCCUUUUUUAAUACUCGGAAUUGGCCUGAACAACAUGUUCAUCAUGGUGUCCGACUGGCAGCACACCCACGUGAACGACCCCGUACCGAAGCGGAUGGGUCACACCUACAAAGAAGCGGUGAUGUCCAUCACCAUCACCGCCUUGACGGACGUCCCCAAGUUCUUCAUUGGCGUCAUGUCCGACUUCCCGUCAGUGCAGUCCUUCUGUCUGUACACCGCCACCUCCAUCAUAUUCUGCUACGUCUACACCAUCACCUUCUUCGGCGCCUUCAUGGCUUUAAACGGCAGGCGAGAGGCUAGCAACCGGCACUGGCUAACCUGCAUGAAAGUACCAUCACAGAAGUCAGCGAACCAAACGGAGAUGUACAACAUCUGCUGCGUGGGAGGCAGCUACGAUAAGUUCACAGGAGCGGAGAAAAAACAACCAGCGAGUAAUUUCUUUAAGGAUUACUACGGACCUUGUUUGAUGAAACCGUGGGUUAAAGGCGUGGUAGUCUUUGUUUAUCUGGCGUAUUUAGCUUUAAGCGUGUUUGGAUGUUGCCAUAUGCAGCAGGGAAUUGAACUUUAUGAUCUGGCAGCUGAUGACUCUCAUGUUACGAAAUUCAACAUUAAAGACAGGCAGUAUUUUUAUGAUUAUGGCCCAUCUGUCAUGGUCAUUGUAAAAGGGAAAUUGGCGUACUGGGAUAAGGAUAAAAGAUCUCAACUUCAGGCAUGUAUAGAAGACUUUAAAGAGCUCCACUUCAUUGAUAGAGACGUCUACACAUCUUGGUUGGACUCUUACUUGUCUUAUGGUCAAGAGAAACAUCUAAACCUUGAUGAUAAGAAUGUUUUUCUCUCAAAUCUGCCUCCAUUUUUUGAUUUAUAUCCAUUUUUUAAGCAAGAUGUGAACCAGACCGGAGAUGCCAUCCAUGCGUCCCGGUUUUUCAUCCAAACUGUGAAUAUUACCAAAGCCAACGAGGAAAUUGAAAUGCUCAAAAUCCUCAAAUCUACUGUAGGCAGAUGCCAGGCAGCGUCUUUAUUGGUCUACAACCAUGAGUUCAUCUACUUUGACCAGUACGACGUUGUGGUGAAGAGCACCAUUAAAAACGUCGGGGUUAUCACGGCUGUGAUGUUGGUCGUCUCUCUCCUGCUGAUUCCCAACCCGGUCUGCUCCUUGUUGGUCACUUGUUCGAUCGGUUCAGUCACUGCUGGGGUCAAUGGGUUCAUGGCUCUUUGGGACAUCAGUCUGGACUCCAUAUCCAUGAUCGUCUUCACCGUCUGCAUCGGAUUCACCGUGGACUUCUCCGCUCACGUGUCCUACGCCUUUGUCUCCAGUGAGAAGCCCCGUCCCGAAGACAAGGCCGUGGACGCUCUGUCCAGUCUGGGUUACCCCAUCAUGCAAGGCGCCCUGUCCACAGUUUUAGGGGUGUCGGUGUUGUCCAUGUCUGAAUUUCACACCUUCAGGAUCUUCUUCAAGAUUUUUUUCCUGGUCAUGUUUAUUGGGAUGGUUCAUGGCCUUGUUUUUAUGCCGGUAUUCCUGACAGCCGGUACAUGCAGCUCAGAUAAAGACGAAAAGCAUGAGGAAGAUUUAAAAUCCAGUAAAUUUUGACCACUGGAGGGAUGGUUGGAACAUUUUAGGCUCAAAAGUUUUGAAUUUUAUAGACCAAAAUAACUGAAUGUACAUAUACUUUAAGUUAUUUUCAUUUGUUGUCUGGGAUUAAUAAUGUAUUUUCCAGUAUUGUAAACAAAUGUUAUGGCGUUUGAUUUUGUGUUUCUGAGGUUUAUGUAUUUGCAAAAUAAAUAAAAAAGGCUAACUAUU